AUGUAUUCCGUGGGAUCCGCCAGUGACUAUGGAGCCCAAAUGCUCAGCCAUGACUUUAUCAAAAGAUUCACACGAGAAAUGAUAUUCGAUCUUGUAUAUGGCACGACUUUCAGCAACCGGGUAAUGCUGAUGUCUCUCCAUAGAUGUGCACGCACCAUGUGUUUAGGGACCCUCCGCCUGCGCUGUCUCAUGGGGGCUACGGUGAAAUGGUGGUCGAGAGGGUUGGGGAGAGGAAGAAGAGAAGAAAAGAGAAGAAGUGAAAGGGUGGGGGGAAGCCUUUUAUAUGUUCACGUCCCCGGUACCUUCCCGAAAUGGAUGGCCGUUUGCUCCUGCCUCCUUUUUACCUCUCGGGGUUACUGGUUGUAG